AUGGCGGACGAGGCGGCGCUCUCCCUGGAGCCCGGCGCGGGCGGCGGAGGUCCCGCGGAGCCCGGCGGGGAGCCGCUCAGCAAGCGGCAGCGCAGGGACGGCCCGGGCCCGGGGCCGGGGGCGGAGCGGGCCGGCGGGGCGGGGAGCCCGGGCUCAGAGGCGGCGGCCGCCCCGCUCGGAGAGGCCUUAGAAGCGGCCGGCCCCUGCGGGGACAAUGGGCUGGGCCCGCGGGGCCUGCGGGGCCUGCCCCGGGAGCCGCCGCCGCCGCCACCGCCGGACGACGACGACGAGGACGACGACGACGACGAGGAGGAGGAGGAGGAAGAGGGGGGCGAAGACGAGGACGAGGCGGCGGCGGCGAUUGGCUACCGAGAAAAUCUCUUCAGUGAUGAAAUUCUUGCCAACGGCUUUCAUUCCUGUGAUAGUGACGAGGAUGACCGUGCCUCUCAUGCAAGCUCCAGUGACUGGACUCCCAGACCUCGAACAGGUCCUUACACUUUUGUGCAGCAGCAUCUCAUGCUUGGCACAGACCCUCGGACAAUCCUAAAGGAUCUGUUGCCAGAAACAAUCCCACCACCUGAACUAGAUGAUAUGACACUCUGGCAGAUUGUUAUAAACAUCCUUUCAGAACCACCGAAAAGAAAAAAGAGAAAAGAUAUUAAUACGAUUGAGGAUGCUGUGAAGUUAUUGCAGGAGUGCAAAAAAAUUAUUGUUCUCACUGGAGCUGGGGUUUCUGUUUCCUGUGGAAUACCUGACUUCAGAUCAAGAGAUGGUAUUUAUGCACGCCUGGCGGUAGAUUUCCCCGACCUCCCCGAUCCUCAAGCAAUGUUUGAUAUUGAAUAUUUCAGAAAGGAUCCAAGACCAUUUUUCAAGUUUGCAAAGGAAAUUUAUCCUGGGCAGUUCCAGCCAUCUCUCUGCCAUAAAUUCAUAGCCUUGUCGGAUAAGGAAGGAAAACUACUUCGAAACUACACUCAGAACAUAGACACACUGGAACAAGUUGCAGGAAUUCAGAGGAUUAUUCAGUGUCAUGGUUCCUUUGCAACAGCUUCUUGCUUGAUUUGUAAAUACAAAGUGGAUUCUGAAGCCGUACGGGAAGAUAUUUUUAAUCAGGUGGUUCCUCGGUGUCCCAGGUGCCCAGCUGACGAGCCACUCGCCAUCAUGAAGCCAGAGAUUGUAUUCUUCGGGGAGAACUUACCAGAGCAAUUUCACAGAGCCAUGAAAUAUGACAAAGAUGAAGUCGAUCUCCUCAUUGUUAUUGGGUCUUCCUUGAAAGUGAGACCGGUAGCGUUGAUUCCGAGUUCUAUACCCCACGAAGUGCCUCAGAUCCUGAUUAACAGGGAACCUCUGCCUCACCUGCACUUUGACGUCGAGCUUCUGGGGGACUGUGACGUCAUCAUUAAUGAGCUCUGCCAGCGGCUAGGCGGUGAAUACAGCCGGCUUUGCUCCAACCCAACAAAGCUUUCAGAGAUUACGGAAAAGCCUCCACGAACCCAGAGAGAGUUUGGCGCUCAUUGGGUGGGAUUGCCCCCCACGCCUCUUAAUGUUUCUGAAGACUCUAGUUCCCCCGGCAGAACUUCCCCGCCAGACUCUUGGGCAGCUGAGGGGAGACCCGGGGAUUCUGAGGAUGGGGCCACGUCAAGGGUAGGCUGCAAGUCAGAGAAGCCACCACCAGAGGGGCGAGCAUCUUCAGGACACCCUGCGAGCAUUACAGAACAGCUGGAGGAUCCUGGAGCGAACAGUGGGGAGAAUAGGGAGAAAAAUGAAAGAACUUCCGUUGUGGAAACACUGAGGAAAUGCUGGCCCAAUAGACUUGCAAAAGAGCAGAUCAGUAAGCGGCUUGAUGGUAACCAGUACCUCUUUUUACCACCAAAUCGCUAUAUUUUUCAUGGCGCUGAGGUCUACUCAGACUCUGAAGAUGACGUCCUGUCCUCCAGUUCUUGUGGCAGUAACAGUGACAGUGGAACCUGCCACAGUCCAAGCCUAGAAGAACCGAUGGAGGAUGAGAGUGAAAUGGAAGAGUUCUAUAAUGGCUUGGAAGAGGAUGCUGAAGUUCCCGAGAGAGGCGGACACGGCUUUGUGUGUGACCGAGACGAGCAGUGUGCAGUUAAUGAAGCUGUGUCUGUUAAGAACGAGGCAGCUGAAGUUGACCAGUCAUCAAACAGAUUAUAAUGUCAUCUUUGCCUGGUUACAGGAACUUUCCCACCAGCAUUAGGAACUUUGGCAUCACAAUGAAUGUUUACUUCAGAACUUAAGAGAGCAAGGAAAACUAUAAGGGUGUGGUGUUUAUAGACGGUUGAACCAGAUUUUCAUGUAUAAUUUUUACUUUUUCAGUAAUUCUAUAAUUGUACACUCAACACUAACUUUUUUAAAAGAAAGGUAAGGUACUAAGUAUCUUUAGUCAGCUAUUAGUCACUAUGUUCACUUUUUUCCAAGAUUCAUUUUGUGUGAUAAUGCAUCUG